UACUACAACCCCCCGCACGAGUGUGAGUGGCACUACGAGCCUUGUGGGCACCGCAGCUUCGAGACCUGCAGGACCAUCAAUGGCAUCCACUCCAGCAUCUCCAUGUCCUACCUCGAGGGCUGCUACCCCUGGUGCCCCGAGGAGAGGCCCAUCUAUGACGAGGAUCUGAAGAAGUGCGUCACAGGAGACAAAUGUGGCUGCUAUAUCGAGGACACCCGCUACCGACCUGGAGUGUCUGUUCCCACGGACGACAUCUGCCAGUCUUGCAUGUGCACCAAGUCCUCGAAGGUCAUCUGCCAGCCUGAGGAAGGAAAGAUUCUCAACUACACCCAGGACGGCUUCUUCUGCUACUGGGAGCUAUGUGGCCCCAAUGGGACAGUGGUACAGCACUUCAACAUCUGUGGGUCCACCCCGCCACCUUCAACCUCCUCCAGACCCACCAUCACGACCCCUGUCCCCUCCACCACUGCCACCACCACGACCACCAUCAUCAUCACCGCCACCCCAGGGACAACAACCCCUGCCCCCAGCACCAUGACCACUUCUUCCACCUCUACUCCCACCACUACGCCUAUUACGUCCAUGGCCGUUACCACUACUGCGUGUGUGGCUGACUGUGAAUGGACUGGCUGGCUGGAUUCUGGUAAACCAACCUUUACGAAACCAGGUGGAGACAUUGAACCCAUUGGAGAUGUCUGUGGAAGAGGCUGGGCAGCCGACAUCUCCUGCAGAGCUACUAAGUUUCCAAAUGUUCCCAUCAAACAGCUUGGACAAACGCUGGUGUGCGACACUUCAAUUGGACUGGUGUGCAAAAAUGAAGACCAUAAGCCAGGAGGAGUCAUCUCCAUGCCUUACUGCCUCAACUAUGAGAUCAACGUCUACUGCUGUGGGUACUGUGUCUCCACAUCUACCCCCAGCACCACAGAGACCUCAACCCCAACCCCCACCAUCACUACCACCACCACCACAGAGACCUCAACGGCAACCCCCACCACUACCACCACCACCAGCACAGAGACCUCAACUCCGAUACCCACCAUCACCACCACAGAGACCACAACCCCGACCCCCACCAUUACUACCACCACCGCCACCACAGAGAUCACAACCCCAACCCAGACCACAACCACCACCACAAAGACCCCAACCCCAAUGCCAACCCCCACCCGCACCACCACCACCACCACCACCACCACAGAGACCUCAAUGGCAACCCCCACCAUUACCACCACCACCAGCACAGAGACCUCAACUCCGACACCCACUAUCACCACCACAGAGACCACAACCCCAACCCCCACCAUUACCACCACCACCAUCACCACAGAGAUCACAACUCUGACCCCCACCAUCACCAACACCAUGACCACAGAGACCACAAUGCCCACCAUCACCACCACCGAGAUCCCUACACCAAUCCACACCACCCAAAAGACUACGACUCCCAACCCCACCACCACCACAGAGACCACAACCCCUACUAGCUGCUACCCCUGGUGCCCCGAGGAGAGGCCCAUCUAUGACGAGGAUCUGAAGAAGUGCGUCACAGGAGACAAAUGUGGCUGCUAUAUCGAGGACACCCGCUACCGACCUGGAGUGUCUGUUCCCACGGACGACAUCUGCCAGUCUUGUUACCUAGGCUUUUAUCGUAGGGAACGUGUGGGAGGAAAGAUUCUCAACUACACCCAGGACGGCUUCUUCUGCUACUGGGAGCUAUGUGGCCCCAAUGGGACAGUGGUACAGCACUUCAACAUCUUGGUACAGCACUUCAACAUCUGUGGGUCCACCCCGCCACCUUCAACCUCCUCCAGACCCACCAUCACGACCCCUGUCCCCCCCACCACUGCCACCACCACGACCACCAUCAUCAUCACCGCCACCCCAGGGACAACAACCCCUGCCCCCAGCACCAUGACCACUGUGACCACCACCCCCACCAUGACCACCACAACCACCAUGACCACCACUCCUGCCAUGACCACUGCAACCCCCACCCCCACCAGGACCACGGGAUCAACCACCCCUACCAUGACCACAGUGACCACCACCCCCACCACCACUCCCAUGCUAGAGACCCCAACACCAACUCCCAGCACCACCAUCACAGAGACCAGAAACCCCACCAUGACCACAGCAACCACCACCCCAGGGACAACAACCCCGACCCUCAACAACAUGACCACAGAGACCACAAAACACACCACGAGCCCCACCAUGGAGACUCCCACCACGACAGCCACCACCAUCACCUCCACAGAGUCUUCCACCUCUACUCCCACCACUACGCCUAUUACGUCCAUGGCCGUUACCACUACUACGUGUGUGGCUGACUGUGAAUGGACUGGCUGGCUGGAUUCUGGUAAACCAACCUUUACGAAACCAGGUGGAGACAUUGAACCCAUUGGAGAUGUCUGUGGAAGAGGCUGGGCAGCCGACAUCUCCUGCAGAGCUACUAAGUUUCCAAAUGUUCCCAUCGAACAGCUUGGACAAACGAUGGUGUGCGACACUUCAAUUGGACUGGUGUGCAAAAAUGAAGACCAUAAGCCAGGAGGAGUCAUCCCCAUGCCUUACUGCCUCAACUAUGAGAUCAACGUCUACUGCUGUGGGUACUGUGUCUCCACAUCUACCCCCAGCACCACAGAGACCUCAACCCCAACCCCCACCAUCACUACCACCACCACCACAGAGACCUCAACGGCAACCCCCACCACUACCACCACCACCAGCACAGAGACCUCAACUCCGAUACCCACCAUCACCACCACAGAGACCACAACCCCGACCCCCACCAUUACUACCACCACCACCACCACAGAGAUCACAACCCCAACCCGCACCACCACCAACACCAUGACCACAGAGACCCCAACACCAUCACCCACCACCCCAAAGACUACUACCCCCAGCACCACAGAGACCUCAACCCCAACCCCCACCAUCACUACCACCACCACCACAGAGACCUCAACGGCAACCCCCACCACUACCACCACCACCAGCACAGAGACCUCAACUCCGACACCCACUAUCACCACCACAGAGACCACAACCCCGACCCCCACCAUUACCACCAUCACCACAGAGAUCACACCUCUGACAUCCACCAUCACCAACACCAUGACCACAGAGACCACAAUGCCCACCAUCACCACCACCGAGAUCCCUACACCAAUCCACACCACCCCAAAGACUACGACUCCCAACCCCCCCACCACUACAGAGACCACAACCUGUACUAGUACCCCCAUCCCCACCACCAAUGAGAUCCCAACCUCAACCCCUACCAUAACCACCACAGAGACCCCGACCCCAAUCCGCACCACCACAGAGACCACAACAACCACCACUACUACCACCACUGAGACCCCAACCUCAACACCCAGCAUCCUCGCUACCAGCACGGAGACCCCUACACCUACAGGCACAGUACCCCCGAGCGGGCGAGCACUGCUGCUGCCCAGGGGCAGGCGCUCCUCCCCUGUGGGCUUCCCCAUUGCCCACACCGUGCAUGUGGCCCUGCUCACCCUGACCGAGAGCCAGGGCAGUGGACGCACACAGACGUCAGGUCCCACCUCCUCGAAGACCACCCCCACCAGUGGAACCACCACCGGGCCCUCCUCGCCCACCCCAGGACACCCCUCCACAUCCACUCCUGUGACUGUCUCAACGACCACCACGGGAAAGCCCACCCUGACCUCGACCAUGCCACACACCACCAGCACCUUGACCACCAGCGUGCCCACCCCUACCCCGACCCCACUCAGCACCCCGAGCACCAAAAUCACCACCGGCUCAGUCGCCUCCUCCACCCUGCUCGUCUGCUGUGUUCUGAAUGACAUGUACUAUGGCCCAGGCGAGGUGGUGUACAACGGCAGGCACGGGGACACCUGCUACUUCGUGAACUGCUCGCUGGACUGCUCCUUGCAGUUCUUCAACUGGUCCUGCCCAUCCACCCCCUCCCCAACGCCCAGCACACCCACGCCAACGCCCACGCUGUCCACAACAUCAAGCACGCCAGCCACCACCAAGCCCUCUGGGUGCCCUGACUUUGAUCCUCCCAGAAAGGAGAACGAGACGUGGUGGAUCUGCGACUGCAUCAUGGCCACUUGCAAGCAGAACAACACGGUGGAGAUCGUGCACGUGGAGUGCGAGCCCCCGCCCAUGCCCACCUGCUCCAACAACCUCACGCCCGUGCGCGUCCUGGACCCCGACGGCUGCUGCUGGCACUGGGAGUGCGACU